AUGGGCCAUAAAGUGUUCACGUUCGACAUCUCCGCCGUCAGAGGCCUGUGGGAGACGCGCGUCAGGAAGCACAGAGCAUGGCAGAAGCAGGAGGCCGAGCGGCUGGAGAGGAGCGCCCUGGAGAAGAUAAAGGAGGAGUGGAACCUCGUGGCCGAGUGCCGCCGGAGGGGUGUCCCCCAGGCCGCCCACUGCAGGAAUGGCUUCUUGGACACCAGUGAGCGGCUGCUGGACAAGCUCGAGAGGAAGUUGCUCGUGCGGCAGAGCUCGCCUUCCGGGGGCAGGGACGAAGGCAGCAGCAAGUUUGUGUUCGAGCUCUCGGGAGAGCACUGGACGGAGCUCCCCGACUCCCUGAAGGAGCAGACGCACCUGAAAGAGUGGCACAUCAGCCACACCCGGAUCGAAACCAUCCCUGCCUACAUCAAGCUCUUCCAAGCGAUGAGGAUUUUGGACCUGCCAAAAAACCAGCUCUCCCAUCUUCCUGCUGAAAUCGGCUGUUUGAAGAACCUGAAAGAACUCAACGUGAGUUUCAACCAUCUGAAGAGCAUUCCUCCAGAACUGGGACAGUGUGAAAAUCUGAAGAAACUGGAUUGCUCUGGAAAUCUAGAAUUAACUGAGCUGCCAUUUGAAUUAAGUAAUUUGAAGCAAGUUACGUUUGUAGAUAUCUCAGCAAACAAGUUUUCCAGUGUCCCCAUCUGUGUCCUGAGGAUGUCCAAUUUGCAGUGGUUGGAUAUCAGCAACAAUAGCCUGAGUGACCUGCCACAAGAUAUAGACAGGCUCAAGGAGCUGCAGACGUUCCUCCUGUAUAAGAACAAGCUGACCUACCUUCCCUAUGCCCUGCUCAACCUGAAGAAGCUCACCUUGUUGGCCGUCAGUGGGGACCAUUUGGUGGAGCUCCCGACGGCUCUUUGCGACGCGUCCACACCUUUAAAAUUUGUAAACCUUAUGGACAAUCCCAUUGAUAAUAUUCAGCGUCAAGAUGGUGAAAAAAUGAUGGAAAGUGAACAAGAUCGUCAACACUUUGAUAAAGAAUUUAUGAGAGCCUAUAUUGAAGAUCUUAAAGAAAGAGAAUCUGUUCCCAGCUAUACCACCAAAGUGUCUUUUAGCCUUCAGCUCUGA